AUGGACCCCGAAUCUUCCGACAGCGACGUCUCUGUUGACAGAGGCGAUGACUUUCGAUUCACGGGCCCGUUGACUGCACCGAUUCCUUUGCCAGCGCCAGCAUCAAAACACGCCCUGGAGUCUUCUGAUGCCGUCCAGGCACGUCUCGACGAACUGCAGCGCGUUGAGGACCACAACGUCAAGAAAUUCGAUCUGCUCAGAGCCAAGCGCGCUCGCAAAGAUGACAAGAUUCGUCGCAAACGGGAAACCCAAGACAGGAAAUGGGCCCUCAUUAUGGAAGCUCGUCAGCGAAGAGACGCCAGAAUCGAGGCGCGCCGAAGGAGGGAAGAUAUGGCCUUUGCCCAGUUUGAUCAUGACCUCGAGGAUGAAGAAAGUAAUCUCCGACGCCGGCUGAAGCGACUUAAACGUGGAUUGCCAGCAGAUGACUCGCCAAUGCCGGGAGGCCGUAGCAUAUCCUCAUCGUCAAUGUCGCCGCCGGGACCCGCACUUUCAACACUCCCUCCACCCCCAAAACGUCACCAGGUUGGCCCCCCUGGUCAACCUGAUGCUAUCAAUCCAGCCCAGUCGAGACCUUCACCGCAAUCAGGUCUAGCAGCUCCUGCGAAAAGCACUCUGCCUGCUCCCUCCUAUUCUUUCUAUCGCGACUCCCCAUCAUCGUACCCGCGACCAUAUCAUCACUCAUCCUACUCGACCACACCAAGCAAUGCUUCCCCGACGAUUACGACUAACGGAUCAGGUCAUGGCCCCCAACCCUCUGCCGAUCGCUCGCAUCUUAACCAUCUAGGACGGCCGGCUUCUCCUCUUACGCGACCCGUCCCAAGUACUCAGUCACCAGUGACACCAGCAACAAACCCUAAUCCACCAAGACAGAUAUAUGAUACCCGUCCACCCCCUCCCGCCACGUCUUCGGGAUUCGCUUCCAUCAAUGCGCCGUCAACAUCUGGAUUUGCGACCAUCAACGCGAGAACAAACGCAACUCCGCCGGCCACACACAUCCCCUUGUCUAGGCCUCCCAACGAGGUGGAUAACAAGACAUCCAGUCAUCCGGUCGAACCGAAUCACUUCCACUCUUACCCAGGUGCACCGAAUACUUCCAACUCCACGGGACAAACGGGGAGCGGUGCUAAACGCACACCCUCAACGACCCAUCCAUAUCAGAUGUCAGAGGCCUUUGCAAACCGACACCAUCACUGCGAAAGAGUUGAUACCUUGAACCGCGGUAUCUGGACCUCGUAUGGUCCGGGAGGGACAGCAGAUCAUCCGACAGGACCCGCAGUCGAGAUGUACCUUCGCUGCAACCAUGAUGGGUGUUCACGUAUCGAUUGGCGCACUGUCCAUGGUCUGCAAUGCCACAUUGUCAAGAAUCAUGAUCAGCCGAAGGGCACCAUCGGCAGUCUCGAUAAGGCACUUGAGAAAUAUGGUGUUCCGGUCAAAGAGGUCGAAGAUUUCGAAUUCCACCACGGUAGAGGAACAGCGGGAACAAUGGCAGACCCCAAGAACUUGAAGAUGAAGCUGAAGACCAAGGUCCAGAGUUUUGGGAGAGUCGGCACGCCAGGCUCUUUUGGCGUCGAUCCUGAGGCGAGACCCGCUGGCUAUAGACCAAGUCCGGCUGCAACCGACGACAGUCCCACCAUGUCUGAUGCUCUGAAAAGGAGUCCAGACUUAGCCAAGAUAAACGGCCAACAGUCCCGUGCCUCGAACAAUGAAACCGGAAGACAAUCUGCGCCUCAGACGGCAUCUAGCUCGCCGGCGAACACCUAUAUGGUCGGCCGACCCGGCUGGCUGGGAGUAAAUGCGCCGUUGUCGACCCCGGUGAGCGUUGAACCAGAACCUAAAAGUUUGCAGGGUGACUUCAGCUCGACUGAACCGUCGAGUAGCGAACAAGCCUUGGGUUCUCAACUCGGCCUUUCCACCACAGGGUCUCCACCUACCCCUCCAUCAACUGUCAAGGUUGCCCCCCUGCGGCCGCAAUCUAGGAACAUAAUUACAGUCAGUGAAGCCGUGAAAAAUCCCCCCAACCAGCAAUCCUGUGCUCCACCAGACGAGCCUGAGCCGUCGGUUUCUUCAACCCAACCACAGCCAGCCGAGGUCAAGAGCGAAGAGGAAAAGCAAGACGGGCAGACCGCGACUGAGGAGCCUUCUAACCAACAAGCAAAAGAUCAUGAUAUUGAAAUGACCGGAACCACGGAGGACAGCCAAGAAAAGCCAAAUGAGAGCAGAGUAAAUGGUGCCACUAAUAGCGAUAAGAAUGCAGCGUCAGCUGAAAAGCCGACACGGGCGGCGGAUUCGGUUGGAGAACGAUCCGAGACCAGUGAGGUAGAUGGGAAUGCCGCGAAGGAAGCUAGCACAUCAAGUGCCCGACGAUCCAACGUUCAAUCUCCGACAAUCACGACAAGAUCUCUGACUGCUACUACGCCCAGCAGCGCACGACGACCGAGUCGACGAUUCAGCGGUGCCAGGAAAUCCCUGGAGGUUGAUGGGGAGCUUCGCAAACCUGGAAACAACGAGAACGAUGAGAAAGAAAGAGAAGAAAAAGACGGCAAGGAUGAGAAGACCGAAAAGGAGAAUGCCCGGCUAGAACCUCGGCGGUCAUUGACUGGACGAAUCCUACGAAGAGGGAGAUGGUAA